UAUUAAAUAGUCUUAUAAUGGCUGGAGGCAAAUCAGGAAAAGAUUCUGGCAAAGCGAAGAGAUCUGCUAUUUCUCGAUCCCAAAGAGCUGGUUUGCAGUUUCCUGUCGGCCGUAUCCAUAGAUUUCUAAAAAGUAGAACAACAUCAAAGGGACGCGUCGGAGCCACUGCCGCCGUUUACAGCGCUGCUAUCCUGGAAUAUCUGACAGCGGAGGUUUUGGAACUGGCAGGAAACGCUAGCAAAGAUCUGCGAGUGAAACGUAUUACACCCAGACAUCUGCAGCUGGCCAUUCGCGGAGACGAAGAACUGGAUUCGCUCAUUAAGGCGACCAUCGCGGGCGGAGGUGUCAUUCCUCACAUUCACAAAUCGCUCAUAGGGAAGAAGGGAUCCCAAGGAAAGAUGUAAAAAGUCUGUUGCUGGUAGUUGGACAUGGUUUCUGAAAAAAAAGACUUUCUUUAGCAGUUGAGAAACUCAAGUCUUGCAUCGUAACUUUUUGACAUUUUGAUAGUUUUCGUUUCUUUUAUUCUCCUCAUUUUGUUGCUAGUAGUUUGUCAUAGUAGCUUUCGUGUCCUUUUCUUAAAGUUUUAACCCUUUCAUUAAUACCUUAAUCAAAUAAAGUGUGUUUAUUAUUGCGAACCAUUUAUUAGCUGACUUAAUUGGUGGUAUGUUGCUGCUAGCAGUUUCUGAGUUCAGGUGAAUAUUUUUAUGCUGAUAUAAACAUAUUGAUUUUAGAUGUCGAUCAAAUUGAGUGUAAUAAUGCCAACUAAUUAAUUAGCUGUUUUGUACAACUCACUAUUUGUCUUAUAAAAAGCCCUUGAAUAACUGAACCUUUUUGCUUCUCUGAUGAAGUUGAAUUUACGGGUUGUAGUAACUCGUGUCAUUUUCAAGUAACUGUGAUCUAUCAAAUAAUAUUUAUAUAGUGUUUAUUGGUCUACUCGUAUUUCAACAAAUUGAAGUGUAAAAAAGUGUUCGUUUAUACAGGCAGGCGACAAAAUUAUCAAUCAUUGAGACUCUUAUUGGACUAAUAGGACUUUUAGGGUGUAGAAAGUCAUACAAUUAGUUCUCAGAUUAUAAACGAGUAUAAGGAGUAGAAAUUAAUAUAAAUUCUUGCAAGGUUGUCUGAAAAGUAACACUUUGAAAAAUAUGAAGGGUCAUUCGCUCUAUAAGUAGCAGAAAAUGUUCUGACCAUUUUUGUCAUUGCCAAAAAAGAACAUUUUUUUCAAAGUGAAUGUACCUGUAUU